UGCUCCAUCUACCGUUACGCCUCAGCAUCCUACCUUAUUUAAGUUACGUAAACCUUUAAUACUUUUGCUAAAUUUAAAACAACAAAAAUGUGUUCCCUAUUUUUGUGAUUGAUUUUAAUUUAACCAUGUGGACCGUAGUAUUUUUAACGAUACUCGGUUGGUCUUCAGUGUAUGCCGAUAUAGACAGACGUCGAAACUCAAACCCUACUUACUAUAAUGUAGGUGGUGUACUGUCUAGUAAUGAGUCUAUUGCCUUCUUCAAAGAUACAAUCUCUAAUCUCAACUUUAAAGAUAAAUAUGUCCCUCGCGGUGUGACCUACCAUGAUUACUCGAUUUUGAUGGAUCCUAAUCCCAUAAUGACUGCACUGAAUGUUUGUAAAGAUUUGAUUGCACACAGAGUUUACGCAGUGGUGGUAUCUCAUCCAAUAACAGGUGACCUUUCACCCGCUGCAGUGUCAUAUACGAGUGGUUUCUACCACAUACCAGUCAUAGGCAUUUCUUCCCGCGACUCUGCUUUCUCUGAUAAAAACAUUCAUGUUUCGUUUUUACGAACUGUUCCACCGUAUUCGCAUCAGGCUGAUGUAUGGGUGGAUGUCCUUAAACACUUCAAUUAUAUGAAAGUUAUUGUUAUACAUAGCUCGGAUACUGAUGGUAGAGCAAUCUUGGGAAGAUUCCAAACAACUUCCCAAAGUGGUGAUGAAGAUGUUGAUCGUAAAGUUGUGGUUGAACAGGUUAUUGAAUUUGAACCAGGUCUGGAUUCUUUUAAUGAAAAACUCAUAGACGUAAGAGGUGCACAGGCAAGGGUUUUCCUUAUGUAUGCGAGUAAGACGGACGCCGAGAUAAUAUUCCGUGACGCAACAUACAUGAAUAUGACGACAACUGGGUACGUGUGGAUGGUGACAGAGCAAGCGUUGGAUGCUGCUAAUGCCCCUGAAGGUCUCCUGGGACUCAGGCUCGUAAAUGCUACCAAUGAACAUGCCCACAUACAGGAUUCUAUCUACGUCCUCGCAUCAGCAAUACGUGAAAUGAACAAAACCGAAGAAAUCAAUGCUCCACCUUCCGACUGUGAUAAUUCGGGAUCUAUAUGGCUGACUGGUCAAGUACUGUUUGAUUACAUCAGAAAACAGAGGCUGGAGAAUGGUGCCACCGGACAUGUAGCGUUUGACGAUCAUGGUGAUAGAGUACACGCAGAAUACGACAUGGUCAAUGUUAGGGCACACGGCGAACACGUAGCUGUUGGCAAAUACUUUUAUUCUAAGGAAACACAAAAAAUGCGUCUUGAACUCAAAGAACACGAAAUUAUAUGGAUGGGACGUAGUUCGUCAAAACCAGAAGGAUUUAUGAUACCAACACACCUCAAGGUUUUAACGAUCGAAGAGAAACCCUUUGUAUAUGCCCGCCGCGUUGAAGAUAUUUUCGAUUGUACGAGUGAAGAAAUUCCAUGUCCACAUUUUAACGCGAGUGAAGAAGCAGAUCAAAUGUACUGCUGCAAGGGGUUUUGUAUGGACCUCUUGACGUACUUAUCAAGAGCUAUAAACUUCACAUUUUCAUUGGCUCUCUCACCAGAUGGCCAGUUUGGUUCUUAUAUAUUCAAAAAUAUUUCUCAACCGGGAUCUAAAAAGGAAUGGACUGGAUUAAUUGGAGAAUUAGUAUAUGAACGUGCCGAUAUGAUCGUAGCACCUUUAACAAUUAACCCUGAACGAGCAGAAUUUAUCGAAUUCAGCAAGCCAUUUAAAUAUCAGGGUAUCACGAUCUUGGAGAAGAAGCCAUCUAGAUCGUCAACCCUCGUAUCCUUCUUACAACCUUUCUCCAACACUUUAUGGAUACUUGUGAUGGUGUCUGUACAUGUGGUGGCACUAGUACUGUAUUUGCUGGAUAGAUUUUCACCGUUUGGCAGAUUUAAGUUAGCAAAUAUAGAUGGAACGGAAGAAGAUGCGUUAAACUUGUCGAGUGCAAUUUGGUUUGCAUGGGGAGUUUUACUUAACAGCGGUAUUGGAGAAGGGACACCAAGAAGUUUUUCGGCACGUGUGCUAGGCAUGGUAUGGGCAGGCUUCGCUAUGAUCAUUGUUGCCUCAUACACUGCUAAUUUAGCUGCAUUUCUUGUGUUAGAGAGACCGAAAACUAAAUUGAGCGGUAUUAAUGAUGCUAGGCUUCGUAACACUAUGGAGAACCUCACGUGUGCUACAGUGAAGGGAUCUGCAGUCGACAUGUACUUUAGACGGCAGGUCGAACUAUCUAACAUGUACCGAACAAUGGAGGCCAAUAAUUACGAUAAUGCUGAACAGGCUAUACAAGAUGUUAAAGAUGGGAAGUUAAUGGCAUUUAUUUGGGAUUCAUCACGUUUGGAAUUCGAAGCGGCUCAAGAUUGUGAGUUGGUGACUGCUGGUGAACUCUUCGGGAGGUCUGGUUAUGGAGUCGGUUUACAGAAAGGAUCACCGUGGGCUGAUUUAGUAACAUUGGCAAUACUUGACUUUCAUGAAAGUGGGAUCAUGGAAUCGUUCGACAAUAAAUGGAUACUCCGAAAUAACAUGCUUAAUUGUGAAGAAAACGAAAAGACCCCAAAUACGUUAGGCUUGAAAAACAUGGCAGGGGUAUUCAUUCUAGUUUUAGCUGGCAUUAUAGGAGGGAUAGUUCUUAUUGUAAUUGAAGUCGUAUACAAAAAACAUCAAAUAAAAAAACAGAAGAGGAUGGAGAUCGCUCGUCACGCUGCUGAUAGAUGGCGUGGAGCAGUCGAGAAGCGGAAGACAUUAAGGGCUGCUAUUUUGCCUUCACAGCGGCGAGCGAAGUCGAACGGCGUGAAGGAAGCGGGGAGCAUCAGCCUGGCGGUAGACCGCGGCGCAAGGCGCAGGGAUGAGCUGCCUCGCAUACCGCGUUACAGUCCAGCGUACACGCCGGAUGUAUCACAUCUUGUCCUUUAGGAUGUUGCAAAUAAGCAAUACGCAAACUAUACACUUUAAAAGAAUAUUAGAUAGAUAGUCCGUACGUUUUGUGUCAUAGGAUGUACAAAGAGGACGACAUCAUUGUCUUCGACAGGCCUACUGAGUUUAUUUUUUAUUUUCUUAGGUCAAAAUCCUAAAUAACUGUAUGAAACAUAAUUUUUAACAGACUUCAUUUUAUAUUUAUUUUAGUAUUUAAAUUGACGUAUCAAUGCCUACGCCAAGAAAUCCACACCACGUUACCUAUUUAUAUUAAUAAGGUAGAUUUGUGUGCGUCUUUGAUAAUAAAAAAAAUGACAAAAUAAGACCUCUAACCUAAUUCCAAGCAUUCUAGAUGUAAAAAAAAUCCCAAAAUAAAAUGUUUGAUGUUAGUUCAUUGAAGUAUAAUAAUGGCCAUAAAAUUCUUAUGAUAAAAUAGAUACAUAAUCUAAGUUAAGAUAUUUAUUAAAUAAAAUGUAUUUAAUUAAUUUAUAAUGUUUAUUGAAAUAAAUUAUUUACAGGCGUACGAUAUUUGCUCAAGAGUUUUAUAUUUUUGGUAACUUACAUUACUAGGUUAUUUUUUUAAUUUUAGAAAUUAAUUUAUUAUUGUCAUUACAUAUGUAUACCUCUGUAAAUAUUUA